AUGCGCCUCUACGCACUCUACGUCUUCGCCGUAUCCAAGGAUAUUCCAUACGAUGACAUCUUCAUCCUCCUCCUCUCCCAGAUCGAAGUAAACGUAGCCAUGAUCUCCGCGUCCGCGCCUGCCUACCGACCCCUCUUCAACAAGGUCUUCUCUUCAUCUUCUUCGUCCCCCUACGUUCGACCCGCCAGCGACUAUCCCACAAUGGAGUUGUUCUCGGUGCUAUCGACGGGAAAGAGGGCGAGCAAAACUCAUGUAAGAAACACGAGCGAAGAGAGUAUUUUGGGUGAGGAGGGCAUAAGGAAGACGAUUGAUGUCAGAGUCAUUGAAGAAGAGGAAAAAGAGAGACAGGAUGGGGAAGACAGCAAUGAUCCAGCGUAUUGGCGAGGUGCAUGA